UUGAUAAUUAGGGUUGGUGUCGAUAUCUUGGAUUAUUUUUCCACGUUCGUUUGUUUUAGGGUUUGAAGAGCUAUGGCGUGGAUGUCGCUGUCUCAGUUUUACACAGGUACAUACAAGGUGGUGGAUGAUCCAUCACUGGAUUCAAUAAUCUCAUGGAGCGAAAGCAACAAGAGUUUUGUCAUCUGGGAUCCUAAAGAGCUUGUCGAGAAAAAGAUUCUUAGGAGAUUCUUUCGCAACAAGUUGUCACAUUUUAUCAAAGAUCUUAAAUCCCAUGGAUUUGUAAGAAUAAAGGGGUCUGAUGAGCACUUGGAAUUUGGACAUGAGCAAUACUUUGUGAGAGGUAAACCUGAGCUUAUGAUUAAGCUGCGUCGCAAAGUUGCCUGGGGUAGGGUGAAGAAAGAUCUCAAGGCAGCCAAAGCUAGAGCUAAAGCAGAAGCAGAGAAGAAGGGCUCUGUGGGAGAUCAACCUUCUUAUAGGAAGAUGUGUCUCGAAGAUGUACGUAUUAGGUUCGACCAAAUUAUGGGGCAUUCAACCAAAGCUAAAACGCCACUGGAGAACAGCUUCCGACAUCUACAAAUUUGAUCACGGCACAUGUAGCACUUGUUCUUGUUUCAGUUGCUUUCUUGCAUCAAGGCUUUAUUAAAAUAAUAAUAUUAGAAAAGGAUACAUGUAUUUCUUCUUGACCUAUAUUUGAUGCUAUUCUGUAAAAUAAUCAUCAAACAUCAAGAUUUAAAUGGUAGCUUCAUCUCUUAUGAGUUGCGAUGAAUGUCCCUUCAACAUCUCUUACUAACAACAACCAAAAGUCUUGUGAAUGCCAAGGAAAAACUGUGGCUGCAACCCCUACAAGAAUGUCUUCUAUUAGUAGGCGUAGCCUUACAAAUAGCAUCUUCGCAGCCUUCUCAACUGUGUGUUUUUCUGUGUUCUUUAUCCACUGUGAUCCACGUCUCUACACCUGAGAAACCAGGCUAACCCAGCUAACUUGUGAUGCAUGGUUUCUGGUCACAUUCUGAAACUCUCCAUGUAGUCUGCAUUCCUCUCUUUUGUCAAGAGCUUUCUUGAUCAUUCCGGUAUUUUAGUUGACCCUACUUAAGCUGGUUUAGAUCAUUACUAAACCAAAUAAUAACCGAAACAAAUUUUACUCACAAGAAAACGAAUUGGGGGCUAGUAUGUUAUAAGAUUAGUGUUUUCUUCUACCAUGUUAGGGUUUGGGAUAGGCGUCACAUCUGUUCUUUUGGUGUGUAGUAGAGAUGGUUCACGAAUAUCCAAAGGGAUUGUGUUCGUUUUACAGCGAUAUAUACGAGGUGGUGGAUGAUCCUUGUUGGAUUCAAUAAUCUCAUGGAGCAAAAGCAACAAUGGUUUCGUCAUCUGGAAUCCUCAAGUGCUAAUCGAAAGAAAGAUUGUUUCGAGAUUCUUUUGCCGAGAGUUGUCACAGUUUAUCUCCGAUGUUGAACUUUUUAUAAGUUUUUUUCUUGUUACACAAGGUUGUCCUGCCUUUUGCUGUUUCGAGAUUCUUUUGCCUUUUGUAAAUCAUUAAUCCUUUUGGUAUGAAACCAAUUGGCCGCGUGCUCUUGUUGAGUUGAUAAUCUAUAGCAGAUGGUUUCACGGUCAAACUCCUCAUGGUUUCAAAGAUAUCCUUCUUUGAAUGCACCUAUGUCGGAUGGUGAAGAAUCUGGCUGAUCCAGUGAGCUUUAGUGCAUGGUAUCAACUCUCCAAAUGGUAUUAGAUGUAAUGAAUGUCUCCUUGUUUUAACACGUGAGUUUAAUUUACACACUCAUUAAGCAAAUAAUUACUUUCCUUGAAUAGAACCAGCUCGGAUGCAGUGUAGGUCGCCUGAAUUGUAAAUGGUAUAUCUUGUAAAUAAUUAAUCCUUUUGGUAGGAAACCAAUUCGCCGCGUGCUCUUGUUGAGUUGAGAAUCUAUAGCAGAUGGUUCCACGGUCAAACUUCUCAUGGUUUCAAAUAUAUCCUUCUUUGAAUGCACCUAUGUCGGAUGGUGAAGAAUCUGGCUGAUCCAGUGAGCUUUAGUGCAUGGUAUCAACUCUCCAAAUGGUAUUAGAUGUAAUGAAUGUCUCCUUGUUUUAACACGUGAGUUUAAUUUACACACUCAUUAAGCAAAUAAUUACUUUCCUUGAAUAGAACCAGCUCGGAUGCAGUGUAGGUCGCCUGAAUUGUAAAUGGUAUAUCUUGUAAAUCAUUAAUCUUUUUGGUAGGAAACCAAUUCGCCGCGUGCUCUUGUUGAGUUGAGAAUCUAUAGCAGAUGGUUUCACGGUCAAACUCCUCAUGGUUUCAAAGAUAUCCUUCUUUGAAUGCACCUAUGUCGGAUGGUGAAGAAU